AUGACAAAGUUGGAGGAGUUGAGGUCUAGUGGUUGCCACGGCGAGUGCAUCGAUAGCACCCUUAUGUCCUCUGGCUCUCUCUCAGUGGCUGGCUUCUCUCCCAACACUCCCUACUCCUGUUCUCUGACUGCUAACAAUAGCCAGGGAUCUGGACCUCCUGCUGUUGUCACUUUCACUACAGAAGAAGAUUCUCCCUCGGGAUCUCCAGAGAUGUUUAGGGCAGUAGCUGGAGAGAGAGAAGUGGAGUUCUCUUGGUCUCCCCCACCUCCCACCCAGCAAAAUGGAGUCAUCACCAGCUACACCCUCUCCUGCUCCCCCUCCCCCUCCUCCCUCCCCCAGUCCCCCUCCUCCCAGUCCUUUGGCUCUCUAUCAGUGACUGGCUUCUCUCCCAACACUCUCUACUCAUGUUCUCUGACUGCUAACAAUAGUAAGGGAUCUGGACCUCCUGCUGUUGUCACUGUCACUACCCAGCAAGACUUGUGGAAGAUUCGCCAGAGGGGUGGUGUACCAACCAAGACCAAUGAGAAGCCCUAUAACAGAGGUGGUAGCUCCAGCAACAGAGCCUAUGAGAUGAAGGCCCCACAGCAGGAGUACGAACCAAUGGAAAGUGACACGGGCAAAGUUCCGACUACCAACAAAGAGUCUCACGAAGGCACACUUCCAGAAACCACUACUGAGGACGAGUCUUAUGAAAAUGGACUGAACAGUGUACUAGUGACCUGGAUACCAUUGGGAAUAUAUGUGACUGGCUACACCAUCUUUUACCAGCGACAGGGAGAACAAAGUGUGUCAGCCAAAGGAGUUGGAAACACUACUGAAGCCACAAUCAGAAGUACUGUCACUCUCACCUACAGCAUCUCCCUGCCUACUGGAGUAACUGAUACUCCAUCAUUUGAGUGGGAGGGGCCUGGAGAAAUCCCUACUCCAACUGACCCCACCUCCAGUGGGAGGAUGGUGUCAAGUACCCUAGUACUCCAUGAGGUUGCAACAUCUCAGGCUGGACUCUAUACCUGUACUGCCUCCCUCAGAGGAACUAUCAAUACUUCUACCACCCUUAUUGUGCAGAUUUCAACACCUACUCCAUCCAUUAGUCACAGUGUUUUGAUAGCUGGAACUGAAUCGAAUCUAAGUUGUGACUAUAGUCUUGGUGCAUACGUGGAUUCUCAUGUGGCAGAGAAUGUCAGCUGGAUGAGUACAGAUGUGGCCAUUACCGUGGAAAUUCCACCUGCCCCAAAUGUCAUGGUCUCAACAACUGGACUCUCUAUUGCAGGCCAGAGCUACACCUUCAAAUGUACAGCUAGUGUAGUGGCAGAUCUGGUGGCAGAGCCUCACAUGAAGAUACUUUUCCCCGACUCAACUGAGAUACCAUCAGACGCUACUAAAACACUAUAUCACACAUUCUCUUCUCUGAGGAUAUCUGAUGGAGGCCAAUACGCCUGCACAGCCACUAUCAACAUCCCACAAGCUGGUGUAACUAACAUCCAGUCUUCAGUAGCAAAGACUUUGGCUGUUAUGCCUACUCAGUUGAGAGGUUUUGGUCCAGCAGAACAACAGGAACUUCUAUCACCUUCCAUUGGAGUCCUCCAAGCAUUAGUGCAAGCUGCAAAUACCUCAGCUGUUAUAACUGAUCUCCAUCCUGGAGCCAUCUACAACUGUAGUAUCUUUACCGUUGGUCCCCUGGGGAACUCUGAGCCAAAAUCACAAAAUAUUACCACUCUUGAGGCUGGUUCUCCAGAGAUGUUUGGGGCAGUGGCUGGAGAGAGAGAAGUGGAGUUCUCCUGGUCUCCCCCACCUCCCACCCAGCAAAAUGGAGUCAUCACCAGCUACACCCUCUCCUGCUCCCCCUCCCCCUCCUCCCUCCUCCAGUCCCAGUCCUCUGGCUCUCUAUCAGUGACUGGCUUCUCUCCCAACACUCUCUACUCCUGUUCUCUGACUGCUAACAAUAGUCAGGGAUCUGGGCCUCCUGCUACAUACACCUUCACUACCCAGCAAGACUCUCUUUAUCUUUAUUCCCCCAGGUUUGAGAUGAGUCUAGUGCCAGGUUCUCCUGGAGUCAUUCCAACUUCCACCAACUCUGCCUACCACACAGUAAAGCAGGAGGGGAGGGUGACUGAGACAUAUGAGAUCCCACUGAGAGCUGGGGACGAUGGAGGAUACGAUAUUAUCCUUUGUCCCUCACCUCCUCCUCCUCGUCCUACCUCCCAGCAGUCUCUCCCCAAACUCCCUGAGUCUGAGGAGGUGUACGAGGUGAUCCCUGGAGAGGACAACUGA